UCGUCUGGCUCGCUCUCCGGCCUUGCCACAAACCACCGCAGGAAGACCAUGUUGAAUCGUUGACUGAUCCUCACCCGACGAAGGUCCGAUUCAUAUCAUCCCCAGCAGAGGGAUAAUAACGUCAUUUCCUCUAGCGGAGAAGGAGAGUACGAUGCUGCUGCUGCGGCUCCCCACAAUCCCAAGGCCCUUGCUCUGGCCUUUCUCUCUUUCCUCUGCAUCUCCAAGAUUUCUCACUCAAUCCAGGAAAUUUGGGUUCUGUGCUGUCUUGCCGUCCAGGCCUAUUAUCAUGGCUAAUACUGAAGGCUCCCCGCAAGAGAUUCGUUCAGGAGAUGGGGCACAGAACGAUGGGGAGAGGGAGAAAGGGAAGGGAGGGGAUGAUGAAGUCAUUAUUCAGUAUGUGGUGUUGAGGAGGGACCUCAUAGACACUUGGCCUCUUGGCAGUGUGGUCACCCAAGGCUGCCAUGCUUCAGUUUCCGCCAUUUGGUUGCACAAGGAUGACGAGCAUACUGCUAAAUACUGUGCACCAACCAAUUUAGAUUCCAUGCACAAGGUAACCCUUGAGGUCAAAGGAGAAGUCCAACUCGUGAACCUCUCAGAAAAACUCAAGGCUGCUGGCAUUGCUUAUAAGUUGUGGAUUGAACAGCCAGAAAACUUUCCCACCUGUCUGGCCACCAAACCAUACCCCAAGUCUACUGUUUCUCCUUUCUUCAGAAAGUUAAAGCUAUGUAAAUGAUGUGAACUGCAACAUUUUUUGUUGUCAUUCAAAUGAAUCAAAAAGGAGAAGUCAAAAAGUUCAGUGGCUUCCCUUGUCA